AUGAGUGAACAGACUUCUGAUAAUGUACCACAAGGUGCCUUCAGCUUCCCCAAAGAGGAGAACGAAGUUACGAAGCAAUGGGAAGAGAUUAACGCAUUUCACAGAUCAUUAGAAUUGACUGAAGACUUACCACCAUUUGCCUUUUUUGAUGGUCCACCAUUUGCCACUGGUACACCCCAUUACGGACACAUUUUGGCAUCCACUGUCAAAGAUAUCAUUCCUCGUUAUGCUACCAUGAAUGGAUACCAUGUUGAGAGAAGAUUUGGGUGGGAUACUCAUGGUUUACCAGUAGAGCAUGAGAUUGACAAAAAGUUGGGAAUCACUUCUAAAGAAGAUGUAUAUGCCAUGGGUAUUGACAAGUAUAAUGCCGAGUGUAGAUCAAUCGUCAUGAGAUAUGCAGAUGAAUGGAAAAGAACUAUCAAGAAAUUGGGUAGAUGGAUCGAUAUGGAUAAUGACUACAAAACCUUAUAUCCAGAAUUUAUGGAAUCGGUAUGGUGGGCAUUUAAGCAAUUGUUUGAUAAAGAUGCCGUGUACAGAGGAUUGAGAGUCAUGCCAUACUCAACUGCAUGCACUACUCCAUUGUCAAACUUUGAAGCUCAACAAAAUUAUAAAGAAGUUAAUGAUCCUGCCAUUACCAUUGCGUUCCCAUUGGUUGACGAUCCAAAUACUGUUUUGGUAGCAUGGACCACGACCCCAUGGACCUUGCCAGCAAAUAUUGCUUUGGCAGUCAAUCCUGAUUUCACCUAUGUUAAGAUUUAUGACGAAAAUGCCAAAAAGAAUUACAUCUUGUUGGAAGCUUUAAUUGGAACAUUGUACAAAAAGCCAGCUCAGGCUAAAUACAAAGUAGUUGAAAAAAUCCCUGGUAAAGAAUUGGUUGGAUUGAAAUAUGUACCAUUGUUUGACUACUUUUAUGACACGUUUAAAGACUACGGGUUCAAGGUCAUUCCUGGAUCCUAUGUGACCGAUGAUUCAGGUACUGGUAUUGUUCAUCAAUCUCCAUCUUAUGGUGAGGAGGAUUUCAACUGUGCCACUGCUGCUGGCGUCAUUACCGAAAAAAGACCUCCACCAAGUGUUGUUGAUGACACUGGUAAAAUGACCUCAGAUGCAAAACUAGUGUCGGGAAUGUAUUUCAAGGAUGCUGAUAAGGUCAUUAUCAAGAAGUUGGUUGAAGACGGAAGAAUCUUGGUUAAUUCUCAAGCCAGGCACUCGUACCCAUUCUGUUGGAGAUCGGAUACUCCAUUGAUGUAUAGAACUGUCCCAGCUUGGUUUGUUAGAGUUGGAGAAAUUAUUCCUGAUAUGUUGAAGAAUAUAGAAAGGACCCUGUGGGUGCCAUCAAAUGUCAAAGACAAACGUUUUUCCAACUGGAUUGCCAAUGCUAGAGAUUGGAACGUGUCAAGAAACAGGUAUUGGGGUACGCCAAUCCCAAUUUGGGUCAGUGAUGACUUUGAAGAAAUUGUUUGUAUUGGAUCAAUUGACGAAUUGAAGGAAUUGUCAGGCAGAGACGACAUUACUGAUAUCCAUCGUGAAAGUAUUGAUUCUGUUACCAUUCCAUCCAAAAAGGGUAAAGGUGAGUUGAAGAGAAUUGAAGAAGUGUUUGAUUGUUGGUUUGAAUCUGGUUCUAUGCCUUAUGCAUCAAAACAUUAUCCAUUUGAAAAUAAGCAAAAGUUCCAUGAUGCAUUCCCAGCAAACUUUAUUUCUGAAGGUUUAGAUCAGACAAGAGGUUGGUUUUAUACAUUGACAGUAUUGGGAACUCAUUUGUUCAACACAGCUCCUUAUGAAAAUGUUAUCGUUACUGGUAUCGUUUUAGCUGCCGAUGGUAAGAAGAUGUCCAAACGUUUGAAAAACUAUCCUGAUCCAACUUUAGUCUUGGACAAGUAUGGUGCUGAUGCAUUGAGAUUGUACUUGAUCAACUCACCAGUAUUGAGAGCUGAAACCUUAAAGUUUAAAGAAGAAGGUGUGAGGGAAAUUGUGUCAAGUGUCUUGUUGCCAUGGUACAACUCAUACAAAUUUUUCAAAGACAGUGCUGACCUUUUCAAGAAAAAUACUGGUGAGACCUUUGUGUAUGAUGCAAGUUUGAGAUCAACCAACAUUAUGGAUAGAUGGUUAUUGGCCUCCAUUCAAUCAUUGAUUCAAUUCAUUCAUGAAGAAAUGAGAGGUUAUAGAUUAUAUACCGUGGUUCCAAGAUUAUUGGCAUUCAUUGACGAUUUAACCAAUUGGUACAUUAGAUUCAAUCGUCGUAGAAUUAAAGGUUACUCGGCUGAUGAUGUCGAAGAUACCAAAAAGGGGCUCAAUACCUUGUCUGAAGCUUUAUUGAUUUUAUCUAGAGCAAUGGCUCCAUUUACACCAUACUUGGCUGAUGGUAUUUACCAAAGAAUCAAACAAUACUUCACUGAAAAAACUUUGAAUGGAGUUGUUGUUAACCCCAAACACCAGGAUUUGCGCUCGGUACAUUUCUUGCAUUAUCCACAAGUACGUGCAGAAUUAUUUGAUAAACAAAUUGAAGUUGCCGUGAGCAGAAUGCAAAAAGUUAUUGAUUUGGCAAGAAACAUUCGUGAAAAGAAGAUGAUUUCAUUAAAGACUCCCUUGCAAGAAUUGGUUAUCAUCAAUUCCGAUCCUGAGUUCCGUAAAGAUGUUGAAUCAUUGAAAGGAUACAUUAGUGAUGAGUUGAAUGUGCGUGAUAUCAUCAUUACUGACAAUGAAUCAAAAUAUUCGGUUGAGUAUUCCCUUGCUGCUGAUUGGCCCGUCUUGGGUAAGAAGUUGAAGAGUGAUGCCAAGAAAGUGAAGGCGGCAUUACCCCAUGUCUCAUCUGACGAAGUUAAGCAAUUUGCAUCCACGGGAAAGAUUACCGUUGAUGGAAUCGACUUAGUUGCUGAAGAUUUACAAGUAUUGAAGGGUUUAUCCGAAUCGAAAGUCUCUCAUGGACAAGAAUUUAGAUCUUUCCAAGAUUUGUUGAUCAUUUUGGAUAUCAAUAUCCAUCCUGAAUUGGAAAGCGAAGGUUUAGCCAGAGAAUUGUUGAACAGAAUUCAAAGAUUGAGGAAAAAAGCCGGGUUGAAUUCAACUGAUGAUGUAUUGGUGAAAUACAAGUUGAUUAAGGAUAACUGUUCAUUUGAGACUGUUAUUGAUCAAAAUAAGGAUUUGAUCAUCAAAACCACAAAGUAUCCGGUUGAACCAGCUGCUUCUUCUGAUGUGUCUGCUGAUGUUGUUAUUGUUGAUGAAGAACAACAAAUUAAUGACACGGUAUUCAACUUGCAAUUGUUGAAAUUAUAG